UCCUGUGUUUUCAGGGAGAGGCUGUCAGCUGCUGCUCACGGCGCACUGCUCCCUUCUUCACUUUUACGGAAAUAUUCACUUCAAACUACGGGAAAAAAACAACAAACCAAGACAGAAACCUACUCCAGACUAACCACAGUCCUUUUGGAAAGUCCGAUUUGAGCUUUAACCCCACGGAAAACCAACAAAAGGAUCUCACAGGACUCAUCAUGUUCUCUGGAGCUGUCACCAGUUCACCCAUAAAACGCAAACUCAGGAGCAACUUCUUACACAGUCCCGAUGAGUCCUUCCUGUCCCCGGACUCCUCAUACUUUCUGGACUCCUCAGACAGCGCCCCCUGUUGUUGUCGCCGCUCCCCGCGUCUCCUCACCAACGGCUACUACGACGUGACCCAGGGCAGCUUCACCUGGGACGAACACGGCAACGUCUCCCUGGCAACCGGCAAGACCAGUGUGUGCUACAAGGAGAACCUGGUCCGGAUCUUCAGGCGCAGGCGGCGUCCUCAUAGCGCCCUCGUCAGUCUGCUCCACGACGUCAAGGACAACUGUCAGUCAUGGCUGGACCAAAGGGUGUUUGGAGGGAUGUUCAGGACCAACCAGUGCCAAGAUCUGAGCCAGGAUCUAAACCAGGACCUGAGUCUCGACCAAAGCCUGGACCAGAGCCUAGAUCAGAGCCUAGACCAGACUCUAGACCGUAGCCUAGACCAGAGUCCCUUCCUGAGUCGAGACAGACCCCGCUGGGACCUAGAUCAAACCCAAGAUCAGGACCUGGACUGGAGCAGGACCGACGAGAGUCUGUGGACCAGGCUCAACAGUACCGAGAUGGAGGACAAGCGGGACUUUGUAUAUGACCCCACUGAAGCCCCGCCCCCUCCAAAUAAACAGCCAAUGAUCCAGGAAGAAACCCACCCUGACACCUGUCAAUCACAGGACAUCUUCAGCCAAUCCGUGGGAGGCUUGUCAGAGGUCCCGCCCUCCUUGUUCUCCCAGAGAUGUUGUUGCCAGAUGUCAGAGCAGAAAACAGGUUUAACUAUGAGAGGCUUCCUCCUCUUCAUCUUCACACUCUUCAUCAUGGCGGCUCUGUACUCACGGUGUGUGUGGUGGAGCUCGGCGGUGACUUUGGCUCUCUUCCUCACAGUCUGCACAUUCAUGGCGUUGACAAAGUCUGGUCCCAUGGGCGAGUGGAGAAGGGCCAAGACAGAGGACAUCACCUCAAGGAACGAGUAGAUGGAACGAGUAGAUGGUGAGAUGACUACACUCCAAAAUGUCCGCUAUGAAACCGUGUAAAGGUUGUCCUCCUGUCUCUGAAAUAUCCACUGCGAAACACUCCAUUUGCAUGUCCUACUUUCCACUGCAAAAUAUCCACAUCCUCCUGUCCACUCCAAAAUGUCCCUAUGAGACGAUCCUGAACCAUUUUCCUGUCCACUCCAAAAUGUCCACUAUGAGAUGAUCCUGCUGCUUGUUCUCCCUCUCCACUCCAAGAUGUCCACUAAGAUGCGAACUUGAUGUGUGCUUUCCUGUUCACUCCGAGAUGAUUCUGAAGCAUCCUCCUGUCCAUUCCAAAAUGUCCACUAUGAGACCAUGUAAAGCUUGUCCUCCUGUCCACUCUGAAAUGUCCAUUACGAGACACUCCAUGUCCCAUGCAUGUCCUACUGUCUUCUCCAAAAUGUCCCCUAUGAAACGAUCCUGAAGAAGUCACCUGUCCACUCCAAAGUGUCCACUCCGAGACGAUCAUGCAGCUUGUAAGGUUCAUAAGGGAAUAUAGAGGACUCAGCUCAACCCUUUAGUGCCAAUCGAGGAAACAAUUUGGACUCAGAAACAAGACUAGAUUUUAAAUAUCUCAGACUCAGUAUAUUUUGUAAUAUUCAGGCUACAUUCCUGCUUUAUUUUUGGAGAAUACAAAAUUGGUACCUACUAUUUACCCAGACGUAUAGCUACUAUUGUGAUCGUACAUUUGUGUUUAUUGAGGCAGCUAACUGAGGUGGUGUCUGUAUAUUCUGUAGCAGCCUGUAGACUCGUGUUACAAAAUGAUAGUAUGGGUUUCAGGUAGGUCCAUCAGGGAUCCUAGAACUAAACUUCUAGGAACAGGAAUCUAACCAAAUGGUAACAUGUCCAUUCUGUGGCUUAGAGUUUUGUACGCCUGAAAAUGCAUUAGUGAUGGGCGAUACCAGUGUUUUUUUGGCAAGUAUUGCGAUAUACCAAUGCUAAUACCAGUUUGAAUCUUCUAUAUAAGAUCUUCGCUCCACCCCAGUUUGAACUGAUCUAAAAAUUAAUACUUUAGUCAGUAUUGAUAUUUUCUAUAUUCUUCUCUAUAUUCUGGCUGCAGACCUCCACCAGGAUGCACCUCCUCAGACAUGCCCCUCACCAAUUUUCAUAAGUUUACUUUAUAGACAACUUAAUUACACUUUCUAUUAGUUGUUGCCUUUGUCCAUUGUCUACUAAAGGUCAUUAAAGGUGACACAGCUAAUUACUAAUUGUUUAGGACGAAGCAAAGGCAUUUAAUCAACAAGACAUUUGAUUGGAUGGAGGUAAGUCACGUGAGGAGGUGCAGGUCUGCAGCCAGAUCCCUCUCCAUAUUCUGUUAUCGAUUCACCCAUCACUAAUGGAUAUCAUUUUUAAUAGUUUUUGUUUAGGGGACUGUGCAUGCUAAAUACAAGAGACCCCUGUAAAUAGGCUAUGCUGGAUUUUAGCCUGUCCAUGGGUUUUAAAUGAUGUGAAACUGUGACUGUUGCCAUGGCAAAAACAUUGAAUUUACAAAAUAAUGCUCUUUUAUCUUUUGGAUUAUGAAAAAGUUCUCAAAAUGGUGUCACAACAGAAACCCAUCAAUAGGGCAAGAUCUCAUCCAUCAUACUCACAACAGUGGCUCAGGGUGUAGAGUGGUUAACCUGUAAUGAGAAGGUUGCACGUCUAAACCCACCGCUGUUGAGUGUGACAUUUAACCUCCUUUACUCGAGUAUAACUGUGUGUAAGUCAGCCAGCCUAAAGGGAACUGUGGCUACAGAAAAAUCAAGUGAGAAUGAAAAGAUACUGAAUAAUGUAUAAAAUUGUGCAGUGUGCUUUGAGUCUGGAAAGGCUGUGUGGGACUAUGGUGUUUUUUUUUUUUUUUUUUAUAGUGUUGUCAUUAUAUGUACAAAUGAGCUUAGACCAAACCAGCAUGUGUUAAAUCAUACAUUAUACUAUCAUGAUUAGAGCUGGGUGAUGACCAUGGAGCAGGCUGAUGCACUCUCUCCACAGGGGACUGCCACCGGACCUGCUCCUCUAGGGGGCGCUUUAUUAUUAUGUUACAACAUUUUUAUUAAGCAUAUUGUUUUGCUAUAGUGACAAAUGUACUGUAUGAAAUUAUGGGGCUGUUGUUUCAUAAAAAACAAAAACAAAUGUGUAGGAAUUCUUUCAGAUAUGAUCAGAUCUGAGACAAACUGAUAAUGAAGUUGAAUUGAAAUUUAUAUCAGAGUUUUAUAAUAAUGAUGUGAAUGAACCAGCGCAGGAGGGACCCUUUCCCUUUUGUUUUAGCAGGUCUGAUUCAUAAAGGUAGUUAUAUUAUUAUAUCAAUCGUAAUAAGUUAUUAACUAGUGCACUAAAACUUUUCUAAAAAGCAAAAGUAAAGCACACAGGGAGGUAAAUGGGGAAAAGCCACAUUUCAAAGUUAUCCGAGCCCUUAAAGCUGGGAUGUGUACUGUGUGUAAUUACAUGUGCUUUUGUAUUGAUUAUGUGGCACUUACUGUGACUCACUAGAGUUGUACUAACACAAUGUGCAUGUGCUGAACUCUCAAUAAAUGAACUUUAUAC